AUGACGGAGGGGAGUUCUUCUCCUGCAGAGGUGGGGGUGCAGUUUCUUCUGUCGGUGGUUGCGCUUUCGCAGGCCCCACGGUGCGGUUGCAAGGUCAUUGUUCUGGGUAAUAUAAUGGGUGUUUACAAAGAUGAAAGAUGGUUCUAUGAGGGUUGUAACAGAUGUAACAAGAAGAUCAACAAAGUUGUUAAUCUGACUGAUGACACCCAGGAAUCAGGUUUAAGACUCAACUUAGAGUUCAAGACCCCUUCUGCCUCUGUUACACUUACUUUGUUUGAUCGUGAAGCACGGAAGUUGUUAGGAAAGUCUGUUGAAGAUAUUCUUACUGCCAACCCUGAAUUUCGUUCUGAUUCCAUGAAGUUUCCUGCUGAAGUAGAUGCAUUGGUUGGCCAGAGUGCUGCUUUUAAAAUAGACGUUACUAGCUAUGUCUUGAAGUAUAACAUCCAUAAGUAUGGUAUAAUCAAGCUAACUAUCGAUCCUAACGUUAUAUCUGAACUUCAAGAGAAGCAAUCUUCUUCACAGAUAACUUCUUCUCAGAAUUUGUCUCUGAAUAUUGGUGGUUCAGAAUUUGAUUCUCAGACAUCUGAUGGUUUGAAGGACUCUUGUGCCAAAGGAACCGAAAACACAACUCCUGUAUCUAACAUGGCGAGCACCGUUUCACCUCUUGCUUUGGAUGUUACUGAUACUCCUAAUUCCAUGUUAGCUAAGGAUGAAGUGAAGCGAAACUUGGUUCAAGUCUAUGAUGUUGAAGAAGAUUCUCACACAUCUGCAACGAAGCUCCAUAAGUCUGGCGAGGUUAAGGAUGUCAAUAGUGCAGAGAAGAGGAACCUCUUAAUUCCUAAAAUUGAGAAAUAG